UAAGCACGUAUAAUUUUAUACACAUGUAGGUCAAUGGAAAAAAUGGCUUAGCACCGAAGUAAGCUCGUAUGUAUCGUGGCAAGAAAUAAUUUUAUAAUUUAAAUGGCCUUCAGUGAUUUAUGUCACAUAGGUAACGCGUACAAAACCGUCGAAAAUGAAACUGAUCAGUCGGAACACAUUAUGGAAGAAAAUACGAUCGUCCGUGAUCUUAUCACAAAAAUCCUCGAUGAGACCGGACCUUCAGAAGGGUGCAACUCUCUACAACCACCGGAAAAAACUCUAAACAGUAUACAAUCCAACAGCCAAUAUCCCAAAAAUGAUACAGGGAACUCAUUCAUACCACCGCCUUACAACUCUUAUCAGAACAACCAACUGUACAAUUUCAACCAAUCCGACCAAAAUGGCUUCAACUUCAACUUACAAAACGGGUUCGGUAAUACAAACGGUUUUGUCAAUUACGACAACGAUGUGAGCGCGUUAUUGGGGAUCGAUAGCGUCCCCGAUACCUCCGCAGACACAGUCACGCAGGAACAACUCAAUCUACUUAGAUUGGCGGCACAAGAAAUAGGCGGUGCACAGUUCUCAACGCCGAAUAAAUACGACGAAAAAUUCAACAACUACAAUUUCUUCGAACCGAACCAAAGAAAUUCUUUGCCUGAAACCAAUAUGUUCUCAGUGAACAAUUUCAGCAGACCGAACAGUCUAAACCUCGAUAUGAAUUUCAACACGAACUUUGAGACCCCGUUCAAUAAUUCACAGAGGUUUCCCAACAAGUUUGAUAAUUACAUGAAAGAGCAGAACCAGGAGACAGAAAUACUGUCAUAUCUGAACCAACUAAACCUGUCUUCUGAUAGAUCUCGUGAAGAAAACGGCAUUAAUAACGUUGAUUUGCGUAUGCCGAUGGAUUUAAAUGGCCAUUACCAGAACGAAGAUUUCAGGCAAGAAGACAGGAACAAAAUGUUCUGCAACCGAAACUUCCAACAAAUGCCCCCAAAUAGGAACUAUGGGGAGAACAACUUCUACGAUAUGAUGGCACAAAUGAACGACAGGAGUCCAAUGGGCCAAAACUUCGAUUUCUCGAAUCAAUCGACGCCCGUUUCGGCCGCGAAUUCGAUGAACUACAAUCGAUCGAACGGGUACAACCAGAACGAUUUGAUGCAAAGACGUGAUAUGAAUCCUAUGAUGUCUCGUGACAAUUUCCAAGGAGGGAAUGGGAGUAUGAAUGAGAGGACGAAUUUUGAGAAUAUGGGUCGUGAUAAUUUGCAGCAAGCAGCUAUGAUGAGACAGAAUCAGGAGUUGGCUCGACAAAUGAGCCUGUUGAUGCGGAAUCGACCACCGCCAAGCCAGUUGAAUGUCGACGUGUCGUUUUUGCACGAGAAUAACCCCUUUAAUCUUGGUUUGGGCGCGCUAUUAGGCCCAAGCCCACCGGUCCCACCGCCAGUGUUGCCAUCACCAAUGCUAGAUCUACCUCUUUUGGCACCAUUUUACGCUAUGAGGAAUAUGAGAAGUGCAGCUACCUCAUCAGGCGUACUCCACGCUCGUCUCGACGCGUGCUACGAACAGUGGCGUCAGUUAGAACGCGAACGCAAACGUACUGAAGCAAGACUGGCCCUCGCCUACCCCGGCCGGGCUGUGUCGUCGUCUAACUCCAUACCCGUGCCCAGGCUGCCGCCCUGCCCUACCAGAGUCGAUAGACUUACUGUCGAUAUGCUGAGGGAACAUACUAAGGUAUUAACCCUAAUGGGUAAAAUGGAGACUCUUCGCGCUAGCGUCUGCGUGGCACAAAAUAAGAAGCCUAACAAACCCGAAGAGAACAAAAUCACCGUACUGAAACGAGGACAGGAGGUCACUGAAAAGGAGAAGGAAGGAGUCGACCCGGCGACCUUCGAACCGUCCUCGUGGAAGGACGAUGUUAAUAAUCUGGCUGAGAUUGCGCCACACAGCGAGGUGGAGAGCGCGAUGCUGGCGUGGCGCAGCGCCGUGGGCGGCGUGCAGGCCGCGCGUCGCCGCGAGCUCGCGCCGCACCACGCGCACCGCCCGCAGCCCCGCCCUGACCCGAUCCUGCAGCUAGCGGAAGCAGUGAAGCAGCUGAGCAUCUGUGCCCGGCGUGCUCGCUGCGCGAUGUGGUGCGACCUCACGCUGACGGUGGCGCUGGCGCCGCAUCCCGACACUGAGAGAGAUAGCCAUAAUGAUACUGUUGCGCAGACAGAAGCAGCAUCCCCGGUAUCGCCGCAGACGCCGGCGGCCAAGUCUCCCAGCACACAGGACAAUGCCAACGCCAAACCCCAGCCCGCUCCCACUGCUGAAUCUACUGAGGAUAAACCUCCCGCCGAAGCACAAACAAAGCCUGAAACCAAAAACGAAGCGGCUAAAACCGCCUCAAAACAGACUGAAAAACCCGACAAAUCUCAACAACGCCGUACUCAGAACUAUAGGAAAGUACGAAGCGACUUCUAUCAGAAAAACCAGAGGUAUGACACUAGAUUCAUGCAUAACCGACACCCCUACCAUUAUUUGGCUACUGGACCUAUUAAUUAAGGUGGUUUUUUGGACCUUAUUUGAGUGGGAAAUGGGUUGAAAAUUGAUUAAUUUGCGAAAUGAAGAAAUAUCCUGAUUUUCUUAUGAGAAUGUUGAUUUUAAUGGGCUUAGCACAAAAAGUUGACUAUGUUAAAGGUAUAAAUUUGAAAAUUACUUGAUUCAAUCAAAUCCACACGGACUUUCAAUUUCUAUAAUUUGUACUUAAAAUGUUACAUUAAGUUGCAACUGGGACUAAAAGCUCAUAUCGUGAUUUUAGCAUGUAAAAAUAAUAUAUUAUGUCUUCAAUUAAAACCAGACUUUCUUCACACUCAAAUAAGGUUCAAUAUAACUUACAGAAUUUACGUCAAUGAUGUGAUAAAAACCUUACACAAUACGAUAUGUAACGAGUCUGUUUACACCUUAAAAUGCAUUAAAAACUGCAAAUGUAUUAAUAUAUCUGAAAUAUGUCUAGACAGACUGAAAAUUGCGCAUGAAAUUAUCAAAAAGAGUUUUAAUUAGAAAUAUAUUCUCUAUGACCUCAACUCAAAACUGCCAUGUUUAGAAUUACGCUUAAAAUGUUCAAAGAAAGAAAUAGAUAUAUAAUAUAUUUAAAGUUUUCAAUUUGCAUUUUAUGGUGCAAUCAAAAGUUGACCAAAACAUGUAUAAUUUGAGCAUUUUCAAAUUUCAUGCUUCGCUCAAUAUUCUGAAAUUAACAGUUGGACUAAAAACCUAUUUUAUACCUUACGCUCAAAUAUCGUCACAAUACUAUGCUCAGUUUUGUUUUUUUUUUUUUAAGUUCAAUUAAACAUGUUUUUCUCGACUUUUAAACAGAGUCAAACAAGAAUGUAUUCUGUACCCAUUGUAAUAAGGUUAAAAUCACCAUUUUAAAACGCUCUAUAGCCAAUUUAGCAAAAGCAUUUUUAUCAUGUAUGAUAUUAAACAGCUAAAGUAUGGAAUAUAGUUCGAGAAAUAAUGCUAUAAUCAUAUUAAAUGUUGAUUAUAUUAUAAUAGGUGAAGUUUUUAAAAUAUAUCGGUGUCUAGAUUUUAAAUCUGUGUGCUUGGUACCCUGUAGUUUUCCUAAAAGCAGUUAUCGAAUUAUGAGCUUAUAAAUGUACCCUACUGAUCUUUAGACCAAUUUUCUCAUAUGCCAUUUACAAAGUUUUAAUUAUCUAUAUUUCAUACUUUAGUUGGCAACACUGGUUAUGCAAAGAAUGUUGCUAUCAUAAUGAUAUCAUAUCAGCAUACAAAUAUUGUAGGGAUUACAGAGUUACACUUUUUAUUAUUGUACUUACUAUGCAUUUAUGGGCUCCUGGUACUUUUGAGGUAUAUUUCAAUUCUUAUAAACAUAAAUAUUGCCCAAACAUGGACAUUUGUAACUCCCUAAGCUUAUUUUCGACAUGACAAAAUGUCUGUUUGCACAAUCUUUUUGUACUUUCAUAGAUUUCAAAAAAUACUGUUUUAACUGUGCAAAAUCUCCAAAGAUAUACCUUAAAAUGUAUCGCAAAGCCAACACAAUUCUAAAAAGUGUACUCGGACAAAGACUAAAACAGGUAUAUAGAGACCACGGUUAUUCUACGAGUUAAAUAAAUAAUAACUACAUAAAUUAUUACUCUGUGUGUAGGUUAAAUAUUGCCAGUAUCAGAAUUGCGUUAUUUAUUCAUCGUGCUUAGCCGGAAUAAUGUUUAAAGUAUUAUAAAAAGGGGUGUUAAUUUGGCCGUUGCGGACACUUGCCAAAAUAUACGGUGUGAGCGAAGGCCUUGAAACUUUGAUUUGAAAAGUGAGGUUGUCGAUUUUGCAUUAGGAACGGUAGAUCGCUUUUUAAAUUAAAUGUUCUAGAUGCGUUAGUAUAGGUGUAGUACGCGUGCAAGCAAAGUCGUCGAAUCGAAUAAUAAUAAUUCAAAUUUUGAUUGGAAGUCUAUUCAAUACAAAAAAUAUUCAAGGAUUUUUCAAUAUCGAACCCGAGGUUUUGUUAUUUCCAAUCUUGACACACUUAAAGCAGUUUCUAGUCACACAUAAAAAACAAAGUAUUUAAUGAAUAUAAAAUUGAUUGAAUUUUCGUUAGUUGUUCGCUCACACCGACCUCAAGAGCCCUUUGAAAAUGUGAUGUUCUACGUUAUUACUAGUUGACACUAUUUUAAUAUAUCACUUUCGUGCGAAAACAAGAAGUAUAUGAAAUGAAGUUAUGAACUAUUAGCGUAUAAGUGUACCACUUUUUAUUUAUUUAAUUGAGAAAAAAUAUAUAAAAAACAAUGAAUUUAAAUUCGAAUGAAUUUGUAUAGUUAAUAGUUAGUGCUUAUUCGGAUGUUGGGACGUACUGAAUCGAUUUUUAGGGUGGUACAUCGAUAUCGAUAAAUGUUGAAAUACAAUUUGCGCCCAUUACAGCUUGGUAUUUAAAUAAUUGCUUAACAACGUAAGGGGUGUACAUUUAUUUUUGGCAUUGUCGAUAUAUCGAUGUUUUCACUUUACUUGAAUGAGGUUGAAAAGCUUCAUAAGACGGGUCGGCUAGUUUUCGUCAAUUCUUUAUAAAUUUUAAUUUGUACUGUAGCAUUUUAACCCUUAACUCACUGCUACGGUGCAAGGAAACGUUAUUAUUAGUAAAAUAUAUGCACCUGUGUUCUUAUAGUAAAUGUACGGCCAAAAUGAAUUGACUUGCUGAAAUAGUCAGUUCAGAUAUAAUAUUAGUUUUAUAUAUUUUUCAUUAGUCAUAUUUUGCGUGGACGCUCAGAAUCACUAAAGGAUUAAAAGCUUUAUGUAAAUCCGGAUUCCCUCGCGGAAUAUAUAGUUACAAUAAUAUUUCGUACAGUGCACAAACUGCUCAGGCAGAUAUUAACCAAAAUGAUAGGGUAACAUGAAAUCUUCCAUCUUUAGUUUUUUAGUAUGUAAGAACAAAUAUUAGUUAUUUAAUAUUAUUUGUUUAAAUAUAAGUAAUGCCGGUUUCUGAAUCGCUUUGUAUACUCUUAAUGAAAUGAGAUGAUGAAAUCAAAUAAGGUUUGUUGUCCAGUAAAAUAUAUCUUCGCUUACAGAAACCGGGUGUUACGUUUAAAGAUUUAUUUAAUCAAUUACGAAAUGGCUAUAGAUUUUUUAUUAGUAUUCGUUGAUUGUAGUGCCUUUCUAUAUAAAUGUGCAUGCAUUUUAAGUCCUAUGCAGUGUUGUACAAGCAUUCGAUAAGUUGUUUGAAAAACCGUUGAUUUUUUCAUAGUUUUUUUUUAGUCAUACCUUACUCGUGAUGCAUUUCCGUGUGCAAUAAGCUUUAUUUAUUUUUUAACGCACUCGUAGUGCUGGUCGUCAAGUGGGGUUGGUUUGAAGAAAGAAUAUCGAUAAAAUAAUUAAGGACAAAAUACUCAGUGAAUUUAUGAGACGUAAAGUCAAGACAAUAUUCAGAUUUCAUUUCUUGUUUGAAAAUUUGUGAGUUGAACGCCUAAAAUUGCUCUCGUAAAUACUUUGACCCAAGUGACUAUUUUUAGAGAACCCAACCGACCCCUAUCGUAAAUGCUUCCAAUAAAUUGAUAUAUUUAACGGAUAUUAGUACAAUCGAUUCGCACUUAGCGUUUAUAGCAUGUAGUCAAAGAUAUUCUUGUUCUUAAAGAAAAAUAUUUAGCACAAUAUUAUAAAAAAAAAAUGUUUAGUUUUUUAGCGAGUUAGUAGAUAGAAUAAUUAUUUCACGUCCUAUCGAAAAAAAGCUAACUAUAUUUAUGACUUAGAAAAAGGAUUUUUUACUUCACUGUUUUCCGAUGUUGCCAUAUAGUAACUAUUUACCUCAAAUCACUGUCUUGCAAUGUAGACAAUUUUCUAUAUUUUAUUUUCUUAUUUCGUGCGCAAACUGAAGGUACUAAGUGUCAUUGCUGUUUAAAAAGUUUAUUAUUUGUUAAAUGAAUUCUUUAUUUAGGUCUUGGCUACACUGAAAUGCGAUGCUAUAAUAUGCGUCGCUAUGAAAUUUUUACUAAAAAUUUUAUGAAAUGAACUUUGCUAUUUAAUAAAUUAUUUAUAAAAAGAAAUGAAAUAUUUAUGUUGAUUAUAUUUUAGGAAAUUAAAUGAACUUUAAAUCUCAGUUGAAAAUAUAAACUGGGUGGUUGAUUUUCGUUUGUGCAAUGAUAAAAAUUAUUUACACUCGUGCAAUAUUGCUAUAAAAAGUCGCAUCAUAUCGCUUCGCCUCGCAUAUUCACUGUAGCCGACACUUUAUUUAUUUAGUUUUCAAUUGGACAAAUGAAUUUAUUUACAUAGUUCACUAUUCAUAUAGGCAAUCGUACGAAAGGCUAUGAGUUUCUAGAAUAUUCUUAGGAAAGAGAAACUAAAGUGCCACAGCUAGCUUCUUUUAAAAUUAAAUUUAACGCUUGGGGCGUUGUUUUGAUACAUGAUUGUAAGAAUUAGACGAAAUGUUGCUGAAAAUUAUAAAGGUAAUUGAUUUUGUCGAGAAUAUAAUUAUGACCAACUAGGUCAGUUGAUUUAUUGUAAGUAUUGAAUAAAAGCUACAAGAAAUCCCUUUAUGAGAUAAAAAGCAAGUAAAAAAUGUGCAAACGCGAAGGAGAGGAUUUACUAAAAUCUUUUGUGAGCUAAAAACAAAAUAACACAUCUGAUAGUGGAGUCUAGUACUCCGUGAUGUAAUACUUCAUUAAUGAUGAUUGAUAAACAUUUUAAAUUUAUAUCGUCUUGUUUUCAUUUUAAUGUUGGCCUAUAAAAAUAAUAGUUGUUCACAUUUGAAUGGCUGUGACACUCAACGCCCCAACGCGACUUGCCCAAUUUGUUUUAGCUCAAUAAACAGUUACCUUCCGUCCAUAUAAUAUUGGAAUUUUUCAUAGCAUAAGCCUUCCUUACUGCAUUUUACGAACCAAUCUCCAAAAACAAGCUUAUUCUUAUUAUUUUCUUCCUUCAAGGGUAAACGCUAAAUAUUACGUAAAAAAAAAAACAUAUAAAAUAUGAUUUCAGAAUUUCAAUGACCAACGCUUAUAACAGCAUAUCUUUAAGAAUAUUGUGUGAUAUAACCUAUAAUUAUAUUUAAAAAAUAAUAAUGUCCUUAGUCCUUAACGUGAGAAAAAAAUUGAAAAAAAAAAGAAAAGAUAAUGAAUUAUACCAAAUCUAUGGAGUACUUAAUUAAAAGCCAACGCUUAUGGUAAGGGUGUAACGAGGGAAUUCCUAAAUUUUAUCAGUAAUUCGUCCUGCAGCUCUUCCUCGUGUUAUCUGCUAGUUAUAUUCUAUUCUGAGGGGCGAUGAUAGGCACAGUGGGUUAGAAUGACGUCGAGGUUGGAAAAAAAUAUUAACAGCCUUUUUUUUAAUGAAUUUAAGGGACAUUUCAGAAUGAUACACAAACAUAAUGAAAUCAUGCAUAGCUUAUGUCGAUAUUUUUAUUACUGUUGCUCUCUAAAUUACCGUCUUAAAUUGGUAAUGCACUUUUCAUUGGCCUUGGCUGCUCUCAAUUUCCUUGGGAUCAGAUUACAUUGUAGAAAUUUUAAAAGUUAAAAGUAUCGACUUAAAAAGUGACUAAAAAUACAUACAUAUGUACUUUAUACACAAUGUACAACUUUAUAAAAUGCAACAAAAUAUUAUGAGUAAAAAAUAUUCCAUAAUUAUAUGCACUUAAAUUUUGUCAUCUUGCCCACUGGUCUUCCCAUUGCAAUGGAGUAUACAAAACGGUGCUAGAUUGCUCUAUGAAUUAAAUGUUAAUAGAAUAUAAAUAGCAGGUGACAUCGUCUAAUAUAGUAAUAUACUCAAUUGUCGCUUGAAAUAAUUUUUACUAUACGUAAAGUUUGAGUAUUUUACUAUAAAUGUCUGGUUUGAGAAUACUUUUUUUAAGAUUUUUUGCCUUGACUGUCCUUAGCUUAUAAAUAAAUUGUAAAAAAAAAGAAGAUUAAAAAACAUUUUCUUUUUAAUAAAACAUCAUAAUUGAUGUAUCGACCUUCAGCUCUGUCAUUUAAAUUAUUUACUAGAAAUUGUAAACUUGGAAAACGUCUGUUAAGACCUUUUAAUAUUUUUCUCAUAACAUGAUAAUAAUAUGUUUGAUGGAAGUCAAGGCAAUUUGUUUCUAAAAAAUAUAUUUGUCGAAACCCAGGCUCGCCAAUGUACGCAUUAAACCUAAGAUACCUAACAAACGCUAGAUUUUUGUAGGUAGUAUAAAAUAUGCAUGAAUAAUCAUAAUAGCGUUAUUUGUUUUGUUUAUUAUUUAGUCAAUGUUUAGAUGAAUUGAGAUUUUAGUGAAUAGACAUGUUCGCAAAUAUUUUCAUACGUAUAUCGAUGUUUGUAUCGGUGCACCUUAUUCUAUGUUUUAUGGACAUAUUGCCUUUUUGAAGUUGAUUGAGAGUAAUUUUUAAAUAAUAUGUCUCUGAGGCACUAUGAUACAUUAAAACUUAAAAGGCGUAUGAGCCAAUUUUUCGCGAAAUCCUUGUGUGAAGCAGCUGAGCAAUUUCGAUAAAAAUAUUGUAGAAGUGAGAUGUGUGCUUACAUUUUUAACACGACGAUAAAUGAUUGUUAUAGCGUAAGUGACAUUGGCGAUUACGCCUUUUAAGCCAAGUAUCACAAACGACGUAUACAAUUUGUAUGUAAGAAAUAAAAUUAUCAAAAAGGCAAUAUGUCGUAAAAACAUUUAAAUUAAAGAAACACUAGGUUCGACAGUUGCUCGGUAUUUUAAGUAUUGCUCAAAUCCUUUUUAUUAUAGGGAAAAUCGCUUUUAUUGAAACUAGCUUUUCCAGCAUUUUAUAUGGCCUAAACAUAUCCGCGAUCCCCUUUACUUAUAAGUUUUAAAAUUGUCAGCUAGACCUGUUUACACUCGAUUUUAGUGAAUACAGUUUUCGUCAAAUAUGCAACGUUUUGUGGUGAUAGUGUGAACGGGUGUUAAGAUAGUCCAAAAAUAUGACCAAAGUGUAGCUUGACCGAAGCGACCGUUGCCCCAGUGUUUCUACGAGGUACUCAGAUUUUCCCUCAAGGUUUCGCUCCUAAAAUCCUGAAUGUACAAAUCGUGUGUCACAUCACGUUAGAGAAUUCAGCUAGAUAUGUUUAUUUUUUUAGAAAACGUGUAGUCACACCAUUAGCAAGACUGGAUAAUGGUUCUCUUAAUUUUAUUCUAUAGCUUCGCGGUCAGGUCUCGACUCGGUUACCUUAACAAUAAUUCCCGAGUUUUUAAUAUUUAAGUUUUUUUUUUUAUUAACAAAUGUUCCUCGAAUUUUAAACGCCGUGUUUGUAAGCGACGGUUUGCUAGGUCGCAUUUAUCGUUAUGACAGGUUGUCGCAUAUUUAUUCGGUUAGAUUUUCGGUUGUGGUCAGACUUUGACACUCAUAACGCUUCAGUGUCUCGGUGUCCUGAGUAAUUUUAUGUGAAUGUGGAUCAAUCUUAGAGCUUUAUCAAAUUUGAUAAUAAUUUACGGAUGAAUAUUUAUAAAAAAUGAAAAAAAAUAAUAACCGAACAAGGAAAAAAAACUUGGUAGGAAAACAUAAAACUCACUGUUUAGAUAGAUAUUCCUGCAAAAUUGUGUAAUGUGUAGUUGGUUUUUUAUCUAUUUUAAAUGAUGCUAGUUGUGUAGUGUUCGAUAUCUGAGCCUUGCGUUUAGGUGACGAUAGGCAUAGGUGGAUGGUCCUAAAGCUUAUAGUACGAAUCUGAUAGUUACAUGUUAUAUAACCGUAUAAUGAAUCCUCGUUUAGAUGAAAAAUGUAACUAUUUAGCAUAAUAAUCGGUGUGUCAGUCCUUUCUUAGGUGAUGGAUAGUUAUACGGACGUUAUAGCCGCCCUGUGACCGCAUGCGGGGACACUCAAUACUCUUAAAUUAAACAUUUCUUAUUAAAAGAGUUUUAAUCACUUUUUGACACUGUGGAUUCGUAGUUCCGUUGGGUGUGAAGCUAUAAUGGGAUGUUUCUUUUUUAAUAUUAGUUGCAAAUGAUAGUAUUUUAUAGUUGAAUGAGUGUGGACAAUAACGGUGGUUAGUCCUAUUAGGUAGUUUAUUGUGAUAUGUUUGAGCCAGUCUACGGACGCGAACGGUCAACCACCAUUUUAAUCUUACUCUAAUAGAUUCUUAAGUUUAACAUUGCUUCUACGAGGUUUGCCGUAACACGUAGGCAGAUUGUUUUUUUUUUUCUAUUGGGUAUUUAGUGGAUUUGAUAUUUUGAGCCAUUGUUUAGUGUGCAUAGUCUACUAAUAUUUUUGCUACUCGUCAAUACGCGCGUACAGUGAAUAGUUCUGUCCAAUUUAUAGGAAUGGCAUCAUGAAUUUUAUACUUGAGGACCAAAUCUGGUUUUUUUGUAUUCAAUUGUGAGUUGAAUAAAAAUAAAUAUGGUAAUAAAUAAAUAAAAAAAAUAUUGAAAAAAAAAAAACGGAAAAAAUACAGGAUUUAUUUUGCCAGUUCCUCGUAAAUGUAAGUGAGAAUUUCUAAAAUAUUUUUCUAGUUGAUAAGUGUUGGUGAAUUAAUUUUUUACAUAUUUUAGGUAAUUGGUGUGCGUACACAAGUAUUAAAAAGCAAAGGUUUUUGAGCACGGGGAGAAAUUGUUUUUUUAUUUUUUCUCUUUCCUUUUUUCUGUGAGGAAUUGAUGCGCCACUUGGAUUUGUUAGGGCAUACGUAAUUGUAUAGAUUGUAAUGUGGUGCUAAACACUACUUGUCGACACCAAUAAGUAUAUUUUAUUAUAAUUUAAGUUUUAAGUGACAGUGUUUUAUUCAGUUAAACAAGACAAAUGUAAUGGGAUAUUUUGUAUUAAGUCAUUAUUUGUUCAGUGUUUGAAAUCUCACUACAUUUAGUCCGAUUACAGUGAACGUCGAUUUUCAAAUGAUUUUGCCAUAAGAAUGUAUUAUUAAUACCAAAAUGAGCCUUUGUACGGUACCCGGUCUCGCAUACAAGACGAGAGAACGCUUGAUAUAUUCAAUGCAACUAUUUUUAUUUAGCAUUUCCUCAAACACUGCCACUGUGAAAAUGCCCCUUAUUAACUGCAUUCUGUUUUUAUUAUCAUUGUUCUUGUUAUAUUUUUGUUGUUUUUAGCAAAGCUUUGUAGGCGCGAACACUAUUAUAAUAAUAUUUAAAGAAAAAAACAGAAUGAUGAUCGCUAGUCUUUAUCUCAUGUAUAACUUUGGAUCUGUCCGUAUAAAUGAAAAAAAAAAAAUAGGUGUUUUUUAAGAUACUUAAUGAAUAUAUAUUAAUGGAUACAAAAUAUUACUGUCUGUGGUGAAUAUCGAAUUUUAUGAGCUUAUUAAAACUUAAUUCCGUGGUAUUGGUAUCGCGAUGGAAACGUAUUGUGGUGUGCUAAUGUAUACUUUGAUAAUGCACGUCUCUGUUUAAGACGUCACCUUAACCAAAUUUUUAUACGAAACAGUAUAAAAAAAAACUCGAAAAAAAAAACUUCAUACAUAUGAGUCAGUCCAAUUUUAAAAUGUAAUUGUUUCAUACUGUUUCGUUUAAUAAUGUUGGUAUUACGCACAUUUUGAAUGUAACUCAAAUAGCUUUAAGUAUAUUGAGAAAUAUAUGAAUGUAUGUUUAUCCAAAUGUUAGCUUUGUCUUAUAGAAAAAUGCACAUUGAAAAAAAAUUGUCUAAAAAUUUUCAUAGGAGAGUUGACACCAUGUUUUUAACUGUACCUAAUAAAUUGAGUAUGACUCGUAACAAUAUCUUUCCUAUGGAGAAUUUCUUAUCAUGUUUCCACGUAACAAUUUAAAUACGUAUAUUGAAUGUCCAACCAUAUUAUUAUUAAUAAGUCCUCAAAUAUGUAAACUAUUUUAUGAUUGGCUCAUUUUUGUACUUGCUUAUAAAAAAAAAUCAUUCGACCUUUUUUAAGUACCUCAAAAACGAAAAACGUCGAAUGUUUAGAUGUAAUUUUAUUUUUUUAUAAAAAUGGCCGCUUCUUAUAAGUAGGGUAGUUGAGACGCGCAUUAUCGAAAAGCGGGUAAAACACUAAUUUUUCAAAAAAGUUUGUAACGAAGCUAUUGUAUUACAUAAGAUGCCAAGUUAGCUCGCAUUGGACCAAGGAUAAAAUAAGAUUAGCUCACAUCACAUGCUAACGGUACCUUUAGCAUUUUACAUAGAUGGUUUAAAAUAAAAUAUUUUGAAGAUGUCUCCUCUUUCUUCAUGUUAGAAUGUAUACAUACAGUAAUUUUGUGAUUAAAUGUUAGUAUAACGCGGCAUGAUCAAGCGACUGACUGAUUUUAGGGCAGGUACUUGGCGCGGCGGUUGUCGCAAGGUCUGCUCUUACGCAGUAUUAUAAUGUGGGUAGUUAUGUGCAGGAAAUUCUACGGUAGAAAAUUGAGGGUAUGAAGUGACAACGAUGGAUAUGUAGGCGUAAGUCUUCGAUAUAAUAUGACCAAAGCAUAUCUGUUUAGAAUACAGGAUUUGAAUGAAUGUAUCGGGAAGCGAUUCGAUUGGUUGAUUGUUAUUUAUGAUUUUAUGUAUUAAGGUUAAAUUUUCAUGUUAAUACAGCAUUUUUUUUG